AUGUCAGGAGGCUCACGGUAUCUCUUCAGUAAGGGCAUCCUUUCACACGCUUCAGAUGUUCCUCCUUACAGACUCUUUCUUGAAGCUCAUCCAGGUGCUUACACAACAACACGGACUCACGAUAAUGCUUCAUGCUUGAUGUUUUGGGAAAGACAUGUCAAAAGACUUUCAGAAUCUAUACAAAUUCUCUCAACUUCGGCGCCGCAAUUUUUAUUUAAAUCUCAUAAUGCUUCAACUUUGCAGCCAUUGUCACCAAAUUUCCCAGUUUGGCAAGUUGCAUUGAAGAUGCUUGUUAAUGAUUCAUUGGAGAAAGUCUUGCCAAUUGCCUUGAAAGAGAGGGUUGGAUCUGAGGAGCUGAUCGUCAAUACUCUUGUUACUGGUAAUUUGGAGGAACUGAAUGUAUGUGUGACUGCGAGUGAGGAUAAUAUGAGCAAACUUUUUGAUGUGCAUGUGCAUAUUGAAACUUAUGUUCCUCCUCAAUUCGGUAUUCGCGGAAAUGGUGAACAUUUGGCUGUUGGAGGCUAUGGGAGGAACAUUGCAGGUGCAAAAUAUUCAGAUUGGGUGAGGAUUAGGAAGACUUUGGAAAAGCUCAGACCUCCAUCAGUGACAGAGUUGUUGCUGUCUUAUGAUGGUGAUCAAAUACUAGAAGGUUCUUCUACAAAUUUUUUUGUUGUUUCCCGCAAGGAUGGUUGGGGUUCAGAUGAUGGGAAGGCCCCAUUUGAUUAUGAAAAUAAAAACUCUUUUGAAGUGCAGACAGCUCCUAUCACUGACGGCGUUCUUCCAGGAAUAAUACGCCAACUAGUGCUCGAGGUAUGCAGGAAAGAAGGUAUCACAUUUCGAGAAGUUGCUCCAUCAUGGUCGAAACAUGAAAUCUGGGAGGAAGCAUUCAUCACAAAUAGCUUGAGGCUUUUGCAACAUGUAGAAAGUAUUCAGGUUCCAACCGAAUGGCAAUCGGCCCAUUCUAAAACAUGGAAGGAUAUAUCAUGGACAAAAAAGCAAUUUCAGGAUGGACCUGGGAUGAUCACAACUUUAAUCCAGGGAAAGGUUAUGGAAAAAGCAAUUUCGGAAGGGUAUCCAAUAAGAAACAUAUGUACAAGGUGA